AUGCCAACACUCUACCAAGAGCUAUGUUUCGCAACGCACCAGGCCCUGCGCUUCUACGUCCCGGAAGCCGAGCGCCGAAUACCAAUAUCCUGGAACACUGCGAUAUACCCUAUUGCCUGCUAUGCACCAUUCAUAUUCCUAGCGUACUUGACACGACGACGAGAAACCUACCUCGUUCGCCUGCUUUUACUUCCCACCGUGAUAGCCUCUAUUCUUGCCGCAGCUUACCGCUAUACGUGGACACGACCGGAGCUUAACGUGUAUAACUGGGGCCAAUGUCUGUUCGCUGCUGUGGCGAUUGCAAAGGCCCUCGAAUUUGCCUUGACAAAGGAAGGCAUGCUCAAGAUUGGAGAGAUCGAGCCCGGAGUGAAGAAAGACAAAGGGACCGUGAAUGGCAGCGGAAAUGCUGAUACCCUCGAAGAGCCGUCACGUCACCCAUAUAUAGCUACUUGGUUCUACGACGCCAUGGAGAUCGCGCACACUAUGCGAGGUCUUCGAUGGAAGUUUGGUGUUGGCGUCCACAUCCCGAAAGAAACCCGCCCACUGGAAAGGAUUCCUUUCCUUCAAGCGACUCUCCUAACCUUCAUCAAGAAUUAUCUUAUCCUAGAUUUUAUGGAAUCCAUGGUCAAGCUCUUUCCGGGUGUCGGCACACCCAUUGGGGGGACCAUGUUUUACCCGAACCUCCACCCCACGACACGUUAUGCUGUAGCCUUUAUCGUUCACAUGCUCACUGGGUCUGCACUGCUGGCCGGUUUUGAGAUGGUUUAUGACCUCAUAACCCUCAUCGCAGUGGCUGUAUUCGAUAGUUCCCCACUAUCCUGGCCCCCUGUCAUGGACAACCCUUGGUCUGCAGAUUCAAUGCAUUCUUUUUGGGCUAAACAUUGGCAUCAACUUCUGAGGCAGACGUUCCUCGUCUUUGGUGGUUACCCAGGGCAAUGGAUUGCAGGUCAGUAUGGUAUGGUAUUCGGUGCCUUUAUUGCAUCAGGUUUGUUUCACGAAUGCGCCAUGUACUCCAUGAAAAGGGGGUUCGAUCACAGUGCGACUGUUUUCUUCGCUCUGCAGGGGCCUAUUCUCGUUGGUGAGAGAUUGUGGAGACGAGUAACAGGGAGGAGGGUCAGUGGUCGGAUAGGUCGGUUGUGGGUUUAUUUUGUGAUGUUCGUUGCGGCCCAGCCCAUGGUGGAUGCGUGGCAUCGUCGUGGACUGGGCGGCGGGAUGGUAAUCCCGCCAACUUUGAGCCCAACUAGAUUAAUAUUCCUCCCUCUCGUCAAAUAUUAUCUGCAUCAUACAUAA